GUCGCGCACUGAUGAGGUCACAACACCGUCGCGGCUCUACUCCUCGCCAUAUUCGUUGGUCUUUGUGCGCCAUCCUAUAUUCACUGUUUGUUGUUUUUUUUGUGUGUUUUUAGAACAAUUAUUUCCCCAGCGUGGAACUUUUGUCGCGGAGAAUGCAGGGAAACAAAGUCCCUCAGCAGAACCACGGCCUGAACCGCCCGGGGGAGCAGAAAAAACCCGGCGGUAUGAACACCAACGGCCAGCAGCCCGAGCCCGGCGAGCAGAGCAGCCGUAACGAGGCCUUAACGCUGGAUAUCAAGAGCUUCCGAAAACCCGGCGAGAAAACGUUCACCCAGCGCAGCAGGCUCUUCGUGGGGAACCUGCCGACCGGCGUCACCGAGGAGGAGCUGGAGAAACUCUUCGGCAAGUACGGGAAGGCGACCGAGAUCUUUGUGAACAAGGAGCGGGGCUUCGGCUUCAUCCGACUGGAGACCCGAAUCAUAGCCGAGAUCGCCCGAGCCGAGCUGGACGAUACCCAGUUCAGAGGCAGGCCCAUCCGGGUGAGGUUUGCGACACACGGGGCCGCUUUAGCCGUGAAGAACCUGCCGGAGUUCGUGUCGAACGAGUUGCUGGAGGAGGCUUUCGCCGUUUUCGGUCAGAUAGAACGAGCCGUGGUCAUAGUGGACGACCGCGGGAGACCCACGGGGAAGGGUAUAGUGGAGUUCACCUCGAAGCCGGCUGCAAGAAAAGCCAUGGACAAGUGUAACGAUGGUGCCUACCUCCUCACAGCCUUCCCCCGGCCCAUCACGGUGGAACCCAUGGAUCAGUUGGACGAGGAGGAGGGUCUGCCGGAUAAGAUGGUCACCAAAAACCAACAGUACAGCAAGGAGCGGGAGCAACCCCCCCGGUUCGCCCAGCCGGGCACCUUCGAGUACGAGUACGCCAUGCGCUGGAAGGCUCUGAUGGAGAUGGAGAAGCAGCAGUACGAAAUGGUGGACCGCAACAUGAAGGAGGCCCAGGAGAAGCUGGAGGCCGAGAUGGAGGCGGCCAGACACGAGCACCAGGUGAUGCUGAUGAGGCAGGACCUGCUGAGGCGCCAGGAGGAGCUGAGGAGGAUGGAGGAGCUCCACAACCAGGAGGUGCAGAAGAGGAAGCAGGCGGAGAUCCGGCAGGAGGAGGAGCGCCGCCGGAGGGAGGAGGAGAUGAGGCUCCGCAACGAGGAGAUGAUGAAGAGGCAGCAGGAGGGCUUCAGGGGCAACUUCCCUGAAAAUAGGGAGCAGGAGAUGAGGAUGCACAUGGGCAACCACGGCAUGUCCAUGAACAGGAACUCUCUGGGUGCCAAUUCCGGCCCCGGGGGUGCUGCCGGCAUGGCGGCCGAGAAUCCUUCGAUGAUGCAAGGGUCGGGGAACAACAACAUGCCCGGAGGCGGCCAGGGCGGCUUCCCCCGGGGGGUUCCUGGACCUGGGGACUAUGGACCUAACAACAAACAACGUAGAUUUUAAAUCAUUAUCGUCCGUAUUGUUUCCUGUUUUCAUACCUACAUGUUUUACAGUCGAGGUAGUGGGGGGGCGGGGUUACUCUUGAACAUUAAAAACUAUUGCAUGUAUUUUUUUAAAAUUUCUUUUGUGUACUUAACCAUUUUCAUUUCUGUAGUAAAACCUAAAAUGACAAACAAAUGAGCCAUGUUUUUUAUAAUUCGUUGUCGUUGCUAACGUGUUGACGAAGUUUUCUGGAAUACAUUCAACCAAUUUCCCGAAUAAAUACUGUCUUAUUUUGAGAACAGA